AUGCUGCCGACACAACAUAUAUUAACCCGCCAGCUGGUGCGCCCUGGCCUGCCCAGAGUGUAUCGUGCGGCAUGUGCUCAAGGAUUACGCUACAAGUCUUUGGAAGCAGGAGAGGACAACACUGGACAUAUCAACGCUGCUCACAAUGAGGGCGUACUAUUCUUCAAUAAUCUUUAUCCUUUGAGGUUACAAUGGCUCCUGCGACUGCCGCUUUUGAGUGCUGAUAAAUUGUUCUCUACACUGACUGGAGGCGACAAAUCCAUGGGAGCCAUUGAUCCGCAGAAGGUCAUCAAGAGAGCACAAGAAGCUACCCCUGACAAACAGGUGCAAGCAAAUGUCGUCGAAGUAUUGCCCAGAGUGAAAGAAGGAGGCGCUUUCGUCAAGUUCACGUACGAGCCUGGUUCAAAACUUGCCGACAUCGAAGCCGCUGUGCAAAAGCACCUUCAGGACCAUCAGGUAAAGCCGUGGUGGGCACCUAUAACCAAUGUCCGAGCAGGGCUGGUCAAGGGUAAGCCAUGGGUUGAGGAUCUGUACCGCUUACCCAGUCAGCGUCUGAGAAUCGAGUUCUUGCCUACAAGUCCUGGAGGUGAGGUAGCCGAGCUUUCUCAAGAACAGCUUUAUGCCUACUUCAGACCUUAUGGAAAACUGGCAGAUAUCAUCUCUCAGCCUUCAGACUCGAAAGUCCUGCCGAAAUAUGCCAACAUCGAUUUUACGACGGUGAGAAAGGCAGUCAUGGCCAAGAACUGUCUCCAUGGCUACGUAGUGUCAGAAGCACAAGGAGGUGGCAAACUUGGAACAGUCUUCAGAAUCAGCUACGAGAAGAAGCAGAAGGCUCGAUGGUUCAUUGACUGGCUCACGAGCCAUCCCAGGAUAGUCAUUCCUGCUGUCGCCGCUCUUGUCGCCGGUAUCACCGUUGCAGUCUUUGACCCUAUCCGUACCGCGUUCAUCAAGGCGCAUAUUACUAGAACAUUACAUCUUGAGGACAAUAGAGUCUACCGCUGGUUCAUCAAGCAGGCAAACGACCUUCUUGAUGUUGUCCGACUGAGAUCACAUACCCCUGACGAAGCUGGCAUGGAAGCUAUCUGGGACGACCAGAGGGGCAACAUCAACCAAAUCAAGACUUGGCUGAUGGAGACUGCGGACACGUUUAUUGUGGUUCAGGGCCCUCGCGGAUCAGCAAAGAGAGAGUUGGUCGUUGAUCAAGCCCUGAAGGACCGCAAGAACAAGCUAGUGAUUGACUGCAAACCUAUUCAGGAAGCUCGCGGAGACUCGGGUACCAUUAGCGCUACAGCCGCUGAAGUUGGCUACAGACCAGUCUUCUCAUGGAUGAACUCGAUCAGUGGACUUAUCGAUCUGGCAGCCCAGGGUGCGACUGGUGUCAAGACUGGAUUUUCUGAGACCUUGGACUCUCAGCUCACUAAGAUUUUCACGAACACUCAAACAGCUUUGAAACAAAUUGCUCUGGAUGGAAGAAAGAGGGAUGAUAGAGAUGCCAACCUCAGUGAUGAUGAGUACCUCGAAGCACACCCUGAGAGGCGACCCGUCAUUGUCAUUGAUAACUUCUUGCACAAGAGUCAAGAAGGCACUGUUGUCUACGACAAGAUCGCUGAAUGGGCCGCUCGAGUCACUACCUCGAACAUCGCUCACGUCGUCUUCUUGACUCACGAUGUUUCAUUCAGCAAAUCGCUGUCUAAAGCUUUGCCGGAUCGCGUAUUCCGUCAGAUCAGUCUUUCUGACACAAGUCUCGAGGUUGCCAAACGUUUCGUCAUCAACCACAUCGACUUUGAAUCGGAAGACGCAGAAGCUGGUAUCAAGCAGUUGACACCGUCUCAACGCCGUAAAGAUCUCGGAGAGCUUGAUAGUGUCCUCCCCGCUCUAGGUGGCCGCCUUACCGAUCUCGAGUUCCUGGCUCGUAGAAUCAAGGCUGGAGAAACACCACGCAAAGCUGUCCGCGAAAUCGUCGAGCAGUCUGCCAGCGAGAUCCUGAAGAUGUUCGUCCUCGGCCAAAACGACGGUGAUAGACAGUGGACGCCACAACAAGCUUGGCUCCUCAUCAAGCAACUCGCCAAAGACCAAACCAUACGCUACAACGAAAUACUCCUCUCCGACUCCUACAAGUCCGGCGGUGAAAAAGCCCUCGCAGCUCUCGAGCAAGCAGAACUCAUCGCCAUCCAAUCGUACAACGGCCGCCCCUAUGCCAUCAAGCCCGGUCGUCCAGUCUACCAGCCUGCGUUCGAGAAGCUGACCGAGGAUAAGGUCCUCCGGUCACGCAUGGAUCUCGCAGUCCUGGCAGAAGGCAUCAAGGCUGAAACACAGAGUAUUGACAAGUAUGAGCAAGAGCUGCAUUUACUUGGUGAGUUGCCGAAACAGCCGGCAGAGCUGACGAGUCGUGUCAAUUAUCUGCUUUCGAAGAUUAUGGCUAGCCAGGCCAAGGUGGAGGUUUACGAGAAGCAGAGUGGUGAGCUCAAGAAGAUUUUGACUACUGAAUACUAG